UCACAUAGGAAAACGUAUGUAUGAGUUGUGUACGAGUUGACUUCUGGUUUGUAUACGAGUUGACUUUUUUUUGUGUACGAGUUGACUUUUUGUAUACGAGUUGGUUUGUGUACGACUCGGUUUGUGUACGAAGUGACUGUAAAUCGAAUAUUCGACUCGUCGCGAUACAGAUUUUUCAUACAGCAGGGUUGUCAGCCAUAAAGACAGACUGAGGAUUUGAAUAUUGUUCCAAGGGCAAUAAAUGCAGCAUUCCUAAUUAAAAGAUGAUGUCUUUAUUAACAUGUUUAUGUAUAAAAAGAAUUCUUCAUAUUAUGGUUUUGAUUUUGAUGACAACAUUUGCACCUGCCCUAUCUUGUACAAACCAGGGAUAUAUAGUAAAAGAGGCACAUUACGUACCACAGAAUGAGCAGGAAUAUUGGAAACUGACCAAAGAUAUAAAGUGCUCGAAGUUGAAUCUGAAAGUCACUUAUCUGAUAAACAUGUGGAAAAAUAGAACAAUUAUUGGAUGUUUUCGGGAUGAAAAAAUAUAUGGAGGGUACUGUGCAGAAUUGAACAAUGGGUCAGAACUGAGAGUUCAGCCAAAUCAUGCAGCCCCAUGCCUCAAUUUCACCAACACCCCAUGCAAAAAACUGUAUUAUUCCUCUCAAAGUUACCUUUAUCGCCAGUGUUUUGAGGAAUAUGGAAACAUUUCCUCUCCAUUAGAUCUUUUUCUGGAAAAUGAAAACCUUCAUAGGAUUGAAAAUGAACUGAAGAAAGUUAUUCAAACAUAUCAAAAGCAGAAUUAUUCUUUAUUAGAACAAAUUAGAAAAAAUGGCGAGUUGAUAAAAAUACAGGAAAUAAAUAUAACAAACAUGGAACUCAUAAUAAAAAAUUUAAUUGAAAAUGUCCACAACAAAGAGCAGUGUGAACCUACUGAUCAUCUGUCAGUUUGUUUCCUUCUCUUUUUGGUAACUUUGGUAAUACUAGUACUGGGAACCUUCUUCUUGUUCAUUUUACAUAAAUACGUAUUUAAGGAUGUUAUUACUCUCAGUGAAUUCUGUCAUCAGAGAUGGAUGCUAACAAAAGCUUGGUUUUUAACAAAUAAUAAACGAAAACAAUUAUUACGCCCCUUUGUUAUGGAUGUUGAAUCUGAACAGGAACCGCUCCGCAGAGUAGAUAUGGAUGGGAAUUAUGAUGAUAGAAAAUGCUUUGAUCCUUCCCAAGGGAAAAAUGACUUAAAUAAAGUCCAAGAACUGAAGGAAUCUGCAGAAGUGAUUGACCAUCAUCAUCAUCAUCAUGAGGUCAAACUCGAUCCUGAAGAAGCAGACGAACUUUGUAAAACUGUGACACAUAUAACCAGAAAUGAAGAUGAGCCAGAGUCUGAGGGAGAAAAUGCCAAUAUACCUUUAAUUCUUGGGGCAUCUGAAAAAAUGACUAGAAAGGUAUGGGACGAUAAAUAAAGUACAAAAGACAUAGAACCCAAAAGACAUUUAACAGCAAUAUCGAAGAGAUCAUCAUGAAGAACAUCGAUUUUUUUGUAGGUUCAUAAUUACAUGUAGUUUUAUCUUGAUUAUGUCAAAUUGGUUUUAUAUUUAAAUUUUACCAUUUUUUUUUAUACACUAUUAACUCACCUGCACCAACAUGACCAAUGCAAGUGAGCUUAUCAAUGAGUUAUCAAUGUUUUUCUGUCAUUGUUUUUCUAUCUAUUAGCUUUUUUACAUUUUUGACCUCUUUAAGUUUGUUAAAAUCAUGACUCCUGGGUUAGGAUUAGAUCCCAAUAGGGAAUCAAAGCAUUUGACAAUCCAGUUACCAGCUUCCAAGGGAGCUGGAUGAAGGUGACUUGCUAGACAGCAAUUGUUUAAUUCCUUUACCAGGGUAUUUAUUUUUUUUCAUUUUUUGGAGGGUUGUAAAUGUAAAAUUCAUCAUGCUUAGGAAUUUUUGUUUGUGCAAAAAAGGAAUAUUCUUCUAUAAUUUACAAACUAUUUAGAAUCUCUACUGAAUGUUUUAAUAUAAUUAUGUAUUGUAUUUUAUUGCCAUGUACAAUAUUUUUUAAAUUAACUUAACAAUUUUCAAGGUUGGGUACUUAAUAUAGUUGUAAUAUGAAUGGAGAAAAUUUAUGGCUGAACUGAGAGCUACCAGGCUGACAUCAGUGGUCCAGAUCACUUCAUUGCAAAGGAACUGGUAGACAUCAAACCGUGAGAUGAUGAAUUCACAAGCUGACUUUUAAUCAAGAUUUCAGCAAUAAACAAAAGGGGGCAUUUUUUUAUACUUAGUAUUUCAUGAGUUGUGCGUAUACUGCAAAAAUACUUAAUAAUUAUUUCUGAUUUUACAGUAUUGUUUAAGGUAUCAGUCUAAGGAAUUUCAGUUUUUUUCUAUAAGGAAAUUAAGUUGUGUUAAUUCAUGCAUCAUCAUUGAAAAACUGCACAUCUGGGAAAGCAUUUCUGUGAAUAAUUUUUUAUCUUUUUUAUAAUUUACAUUACAUUGUACACUAGUCUUAUUAAUGUGUUACAUGUACUGCUGUUCUGCAACUCUGUGGAAAAACAUUUCUUCUUUUCUAUAUAUUU